AGCUGAGUUCCAGGUCUUCCAGUGAUUCCAGCAGAAUCCAGCUCCACGUUUUCCCUCCUCCUCUGGGGUCAACAGACCGGAAGCAGUGAGCUCGGAUCAGCUGGUGUCGGACUCGUCUCUCUGACCCGGAGCAGCAGCACCAUGAGCCGCAGCCUCCUGCUCAGGCUCCCCGGCUGCUGGAGCCUGUCGGUGCCCCGCAGAGGCCUGUCGGUGUCCGGCGGCACGAGCUCCAUGAACGUGUUCGACCGGGCGAUGAAGCGGAGGCAGAGGAACUGGGCCGCGGCGCUGCGGGACGGACACAAGUACGAGUACCUGCGGGAGGAGGUCGGAGGUCGCGUGGCUGACCGGGUCUACGACAUCGCGAGGACGUUUCCUGUGGCGCUGGACGUCGGCGGAGGGAAGAGUCACGUUGCAGAACAUUUAAGCAAAGACGUCGUGGAGCAUUUGAUCCUGACGGACGUCUCAGAGGAAACGCUGAAGCGGAGCAGACGGACUCAGAUCCCGACGCUCUGCGUCCAGGCUGAUGAGGAGUUUCUGCCGUUUAAAGAAAACACCUUUGACCUGGUGGUGAGCAGCCUGAGUCUGCACUGGAUCAACGACCUGCCAGGAGCUCUGAGACAGAUCCAGCAGGUGCUGAAGCCGGACGGCGUGUUCAUCGGGGCGAUGGUCGGCGGCGAGACUCUGUACGAGUUGAGAUGUUCUCUGCAGCUGGCGGAGACAGAGAGGGAGGGGGGCUUCUCCCCCCAUGUGUCGCCCUUUACCGCCGUCACCGACCUGGGGAACCUGCUGGGCCGGGCCGGCUUCAACAUGCUCACUGUGGACGUUGACGACGUUCAGGUUCUUUAUCCAGGGAUCAUGGACGUCAUGACGGAUCUGCAAGGUAUGUCUGAGAGUAACUGCUCCUGGAACAGACGCAUGUUACACAGAGACACAAUAUUAGCUGCUGCCGCCAUUUACAGAGAGAUGUACGGUCAGGAGGACGAGUCGGUUCCCGCCUCCUUCGAGAUCCUCUACAUGAUUGGCUGGAAGCCUCAUGAGUCACAGGCCAAACCGGCGCCACGAGGCUCAGCCACCGUGUCGCUCGGGGACUUGUCAAAGAUCAAGCAGCCAACCGACGAGUUGUAGGUCGGUGUCGUCAUGACGACUGUAAAUAAGAUUUUAUGAAACAGCUGUUUUUUUGUAAGGAGGUAAAAUAAAGGAAUAAAGUUGGACAUCGAAA